AGUACUGGUUUCCCGACGCUGAUGGGCAGGAGACCAGUUGCUCAGUUCAGUCGGUACCAAUCGAAGUCCGUUUGAAAUUAUCUAACGUUUCAACCAUUCCGGGAAUGGACGGGUUUUUUCGGUUUCCAAUAUUUUCUUGAAGCGGUUUCUCGUUUUGCAAUGUUGCAGUCGCGGAUCUUACGGGUUUUCAACAACACGGUUUAGUCGAUUUCGCGAUCUAAUGGUACCGGAAUCUUCCUCUUCGUACUCCGUCCAAAUAAAACGAAAGGUGCCAAGGUUUUGAGGCGUGCUUAAUUCUUCUCAGGUGGAUUAUUUUGGACAUUCGUCAGUGAGCCGGAACAGUGUUCCGUUAAAUUUUUGGAUCUUCUAUUUGAUUUUCAAGCAGGAUUGUGUCUAGUUUUGUUUUUAGUUAAUUAAUUAAUCGGAAAAAUGGGUAAUCAUUCUUCUAAUCACCUUCCUCUGGAUUCUAUGGGUGGAAAAUUCGGUGAUCCCACAGUGCGGAGGAGCCUAAGGUCCCCAAGAAAAAUGGACAGACUUCGGAGAUCGUUUCGAGACUCCUUCAGGAAGCGGAAGGACAGGGUCCCGGAAGCCAGCAAGCCACACCAGUGGCAGGCCGAUGAGGUGGCAGUAAGGCAGGGCACCUGCACCUUCCCUGUAAAAUAUUUGGGAUGCGUCGAAGUGUUCGACUCCAGGGGCAUGCAGGUCUGCGAGGAGGCCCUGAAAGUACUCAGGGGUUCCAGGAGAAGGCCGGUCAGGGCCGUACUCCACGUGACCGGAGACGGUCUGAGGGUGGUCGAGGAGGAGACGAAGGGCCUCAUCGUCGACCAGACCAUAGAGAAGGUGUCGUUCUGCGCCCCGGACAGGAACCACGAGCGUGGGUUCAGCUACAUCUGCCGGGACGGUACCACUAGGAGGUGGAUGUGUCACGGUUUCCUAGCGAUGAGGGAGUCUGGUGAGAGAUUGUCGCACGCUGUCGGCUGCGCUUUCGCCGUCUGCCUGGAGAGGAAGCAGAAGAGAGACAAGGAGUGCGGCGUCACCAUGACGUUCGAUCAGAAAAACUCCACGUUCACCAGGAGCGGCAGCUUCCGGCAGCCUGAACUGAGCGAGAGGUUGGAACGAGCAAUAGACGUGCCUGGCGCAAAAUCCUCGUCGAUGGUGAAUCCAUUCGCGAUAGAAAGGCCCCACGCCACGGAGAGCAUGCUGAUCAGGCAGGGUAGCUGUCGCGGUUUCAGCACGUUGGGCGAGAACUCGCCGUUCAAAAGACAGAUGUCGCUGAGGAUCAACGAUCUGCCCAGUAACACAGCCAGGUUGACCAACGCCUUCCAGUCCAGGAAUCAGGCGCCGAAAGUUUCAGCGAUCACAGAGAUAUCGCCUGGAGAUUCUGUGACCGCUCUGUGUCAGCAGUUGUCUCAAGGUCUUAGCCAGCUGACCCACAGCGGCUCCGACGACUUGAACUUCAACAACAAGACAUCCGUCAACCAGAACACGGUCAACGUGAGCGUGACAACGAUAAACAACACCUUCAACCAGACGGCGAGCGAGAACACGUCGGUGCAUAGCACCCCGCUCAGCGUGAACGUGCACUCGAACACCUCGCAAUCCUCGCCCAUUGGCUCGAUCCAACAGGGCGGUACCUCUAGCGGCAACGCCUCUUUGAACGCUACUGCUGGUGGCAACUCUAGCCUGCCCAAACCUGAGCAGUGGCUGGGUCAGAUCGUGAACGCUUCGCCAGUGCUUGGUGGAAUGGAUGGGACGUCGCCUAGGAAGUUAGGAUUGAUGACCAGCCAUUCCCGAGCCAUGUCUCUGGACUCGGCCUCCGAGUCGUUCUCCAGAACCGCCCAGCCAGACCCCUUCGAUGCCGAAUGGGCUGAUGUGAUCGAGAAGAAGAAGACCAGUAAUACCAAUCCCUUCUUAACGAAUUCACCGCUCCAGAUCCCGUUGUAGCGAAAUCAGGGUGCCUGGGUACGAACAGGUAUCCGACAUCAUCAGAGACCGAUAGAUUAAUAUGAGCAAAGUUGUACUUGGUUGGAAAAUAUCCCUAGAAAAACGGCUUAGGAUCGGAUACGCCAUAGAAAAAGAAUUGUAGACGGUUGGAAUCGGUUGUUUUUGAAAGUAGGCACAGAAUUUAGUUAGUUCGGAGUGUGGAAGUUUGAGGUCUUCUUUUGGAAUUUUUUUUAUCGGGUUUGUACAUGAAAUUUUGAUAUAUCAUCUGUAAUUCCACUUGUUAGUUGUGUUUUACUUCUUUCGUUUUUGGCUUUUUCUUUGCUGUGGACUUUUUCUGUUAUGUUGUUGGCGUUUUUGUUUAUUAUUUUUGUUUUUGUGGUUGUAGAGUUUCUACAACCUCAAACUCUGUUAUAAAAGUUUCCUUUUCUACUGUUAUCAAAAUUUGAGAAAAUGCCGGAGGCAAUAACAAGCAAGAUGAGAAAAUUUCGGUGUUUCGUGAAAAGUUAGCAAAAUUUAGGAUAACCGUAGUUUUAGUUAUGAAUGUGCGGAUUGGAAACCGAAAACGUAGAAUUCGACCCAUUUUGAAUUGUCCGAACUGGAGGAAAUAAACACGAGAUGAAGUUAGGAGUGUGGCUGUGACUUAAUUAAGUAGGAACUUCUUGUCGAAAGAUUAGAUAUUAUAAAAAGUGCAAGACUGUGAUUGGUUGCAAUCUUUACCGGAUCAUUUUCCAACCAAACCCCGAUAAAUUCUGAUCCCAUGCUUUCUUAGAGAAAAUUUAGAGAAACUAGCGAAGAUCUUUACAUAUCCGUUGCGAACAAUGAAAUCCUUCCUGAGAGUAGUUUUCGGUUGCGAUGACUAUGAAAUGCCUCGAUUUCUUAUUCACAUGGGACGAAUGUAAUUGCUCAAUUGUUUGACACUCUUGCGUGGAUUUUUAGCAAUAUAGUGUGAUGUAUGUAAUUUCCUAGAACAAAACUCGAUAGGUUUUUUUUUUUGUUGGUACUUACGAGGUACUUAAUUUUUGUCGCUCCCCCGUAGUUGCGAAUAUUGUAGAAUCUCUUUGGUGUACUUGUUUCGACUGGCCGGGGGAGGACACUCAGAAAACACAUGCCUUAAACUGUUUAUAUGUUUCAACGGGCUGUUUGACAGACUUUUCAAAUGAAGUUUAUUGAGCACCU